CAAAAUUUCGUGAGCCAAAGGUUGCUUUGUUCAUCCACAUUUUCACUCCUCUCUCUCUUCAACCUCUUUAUAUUUCGCCGUCAACAUGGCGAACCAACAGGAUGCGGCAAAGACGGACCCGCUCACCGGCAUGGCGCACUCUGAAGCGCAUUAUUUCAACAGCUACAACCACCACGGCAUCCACGAGGAAAUGCUGAAAGAUGAAGUCCGGACCAAGAGCUACCGGGACGCCAUCUACCAGAACGGGCACCUGUUCAAGGACAAGGUAGUCCUCGAUGUCGGAUGCGGUACAUCUAUCCUCAGCAUGUUCGCGGUCAAGGCCGGAGCAAAGCACGUUAUCGGUGUCGAUAUGUCUACCAUCAUUGACAAGGCGCGCGAGAUCGUCGAGCAGAACGGCAUGUCGGACAAGAUUACCCUACUCCAGGGCAAGAUGGAAGAGGUCGUGCUACCGUUCGACAAGGUCGACAUUAUAAUCUCCGAGUGGAUGGGCUACUUCCUGCUGUACGAGAGCAUGCUGGACACCGUUCUCUACGCAAGGGACAAGUACCUCGUCAAGGAUGGUUUGAUCUUCCCCGACAAGGCCACCAUCUUCAUGGCUGGUAUCGAAGACGGCGACUACAAGGAGGAGAAGAUUGGAUUCUGGGACAACGUCUGGGGCUUCGACUACACCCCGCUCAAGGCCACCGCCAUGACCGAGCCCCUCGUUGACACGGUCGACAUCAAAGCCGUCGUCACCGACCCCUCCCCCGUCAUCACCCUCGACCUCUACACCUGCACUGUCGCCGACCUCGCGUUCCGGUUACCCUACGAGCUUAAGGUGCGCCGCAGCGACUUUGUCCACGCCGUCAUUGCCUGGUUCGAUAUCGAGUUUGCGGCUUGCCACAAGCCCAUCCGUUUCUCUACCGGCCCCCACACCAAGUAUACGCACUGGAAACAGACGGUAUUCUACCUCAAGGAUGUAUUGACCGUGGAGGAGGGCGAGACGAUCAGCGGCGUGAUAGAUACCAAGCCCAGCGACAAGAACCAUCGCGAUCUGGACAUCAACAUCUCAUACAAGCUGGACACGGACGACAUGCACAGGCAGGCAGCAGGACAGGCUCAGUACAGAAUGUGCUAAGUGCCGUCUUCGUCCGUCUUUGUGUGUGCAGGCCGGGAUCAGACGGUUUCUCCCACAAAAAGAAGAGUAAUGUUUCAAUAGACUUUUUUUGCAGACUUCGGCGUUCGAUGGGAAUUUUAGGGGCGGGGCCAUGAAAAAUCUAGGGUAGCAUGAGCAUGUGUCACGAGUUACGAAAAGCAGGGACCAAUCUUUAUGGUUGGGAAUUCCUCCCCUACAACAACGCAAA